AAGCGCAACACUGGUCACAUGAUCGGCAGGUUGUUCAAGAUGGCAGACGCACCGAAAGUUUUGGUGUUCCUUGGUCUCUCUCAAUUUUUGACAAUUUUAGUGGUUGCAAAGAGUCAACUGGGAACAGUGUACAUGAAAAAUGGCCAAGCGUCCUUCGAACCUGGGGUGUUUGACAAACAGAGAGGGGCAGCUGUUGGGAACUUUACGGGUACUCUAAAUGUAACUGGUUGGGAUAUCUUGAAAGUCACAGCUGGCUAUGGCUUCAAAGGUCCAAAGCUUCUUGAUCAACACGUGAUAUUCGCCUCUGGCUACCUUGAAGGAUACUUAACUUCAGAGAGGAUCUAUCAACAUUGGCAAAACAUUAACAGCUCAUUCUUGUCAUUUAAUACAACACGCAAAUUUGUUCAAAAUAUAGAAACAUUUCUGGACUCCCAGUCAAAAUGGUCGAGAGAGAUGGUCGAGAGAGAUGCGGGAAGAACGCCUUUCUGGCGACAUGUUUCCUAUGUUCUGGCCCAGCUGGAUGGUGUUUUUGCAGGGUACAAUGAUGCUGCUGCAAAACUUCGACAUGUCCCCAAGUUACCUAAGUUUGCCUUUGAAUUUCUAAAUGGCGAGGGUGAUUUCGUCGACAUCCGUCAUGCUGUUGAUAAAGAGAACCGUCCAAAUUUUGAGAAGAUGACUCGUAAAGAAGUGCAAAGUUAUGUAUUGAGGAAUUCACAUUGUUCAGCAAUGAUAAGAGCAACUGGGGCCUAUGAGAAUAUCUUCAUGUCCCAUUCGACAUGGUUCCUUUAUUCCUCAAUGAUGAGGAGUUACAAGCAUUAUGACUUCAACUUGAGAGACAGAACAGCUAUCAAUAAGCAGGUCUCUUUUUCAAGUUAUCCAGGUAUGAUAAUCUCAGUAGAUGAUUUCUACACCAUGUCAAAUGGUCUUGUCAUGCUGCAGACAACAAAUAACGUCUUCAACACUACUCUCUAUGAUCACGUAAAGCCCUCAUCGAUACUUGCCUGGCAGAGAGUGCGCAUAGCUAAUAUGAUGGCAAAAGGUGGAAAAGAAUGGGGGCAUUAUUUCAGCUUGGAGAACUCUGGCACCUACAAUAACCAGUACAUGAUAAUUGAUCUGAAGAAAAUAAAACUGGGUCACGAAAUCGAGGAUGGCGCACUGUAUGUUGUGGAGCAGAUCCCAACUCUAGUAGUAUAUGCUGACCAAACGAAGAUGCUGCGAAAUGGUCAUUGGCCAUCUUACAACGUGCCAUUCUACGAGUCCGUUUACAACAUGAGCGGUUACCCGAAUAUUGUCGCCUUGAAGGGUUUGGAGUUUUCCUACCAGAUGGCGCCGAGAGCAAAGAUAUUCCGCAGGGAUGCAGACAAAGUGGAAACAAUGGAUGAUAUGAUGAGGUUUAUGAGAUACAAUGACUACCACCAUGAUCCAUAUUCAGAAAAUGAUCCGUGUAAAACCAUCUGUUGUCGUGGUGACUUGAGUGGAGACCAUAAUUCACCUACAAUGGGUUGUUUUGAUACUAAGGUGACUGACUACAACAUGGCAUGGAAGAGACAGGCCUAUGCAAUCAAUGGACCAACAACUGGAACUGGUCUUGAACCAUUCUCUUGGAGAGCACCAUUUAUGGACUCGCACAUUGGUAUGCCUAAGACAUAUAACUUCAAAUUCGUGAAGAUGGGACCAAGAGGCAUGUAGGAAUCGGGAGCCUUUACGAAUUUUGGUAUGGCAUCCACUCGCAUGAUUAAGGUGUGUUUUGGAAUGGCCAGAAACAUUCAAUUUGGGACUAUAUGUACCAAUCAAACUUGCCACAGGCAAAGGUUGUAUUUUUCAGCCCUUUGUUUAACCUGUAUUGUGUGUACACUGGCAAUCUGUCCUCCAUUAGCAGAAUUAACAAGGGUCCAAAACUGUGUGUAAAGUUUUAUUUUUUUAUUUCACCAGAAAAUGGUGAUGAUGACCAAAUCUAUUUGAACUCAAAUGGUACUAUUACAUUGUAUUGCUUGAUGUAUUUGUUAUAUAUUGAAGCAUAAUCAUCUGUACUUGUGAUAAAACUAAGUACCUAUGUAUGGCUUGUUGAGUUUAUUAAUUUUGUAUGUCACUUUUGAAUUGCUACAGCUGCUGUGGUCUGUUUUAAGCACAUAGAAUACUCUUAUUUCACUCAUUUCCAAGUGAAAUCAACUUGUAAGGUCAUGUGUUAAUAAUAAUAUUAGAUAAAUUGUAAAAAUGAUGCUGAAUCUCUUUUUAUUUUGUCGAAGUCUAUGUUUUGGGACAUUACUGCAUUUGUUGUCCAAGAAAUGUGCUCAAAGGUAUUGUGUUUUUAAGGUAUUUAUCCCUAGACAAUUUUGUUUUGGCAGACAACGUGCUCUCCAAGAGCUUACAUUGUUUCUGGGACGCACUGUUUAAAAAGGGCCUUUGAUAUAUUAUAAAUCGAUAACAGUACUAGCUUUUAGAAAUAAAGUAUUGUUUUUACCUGAAA